UGAUGAUAAUAUAAAGGUCAAUGACAUGAUGCAAAACACUGAUCAGUCUUGUAUCUGCCGUCGGAUAAGCAAGUACAAAAUGAUUUUUGCGGUCAGUGUUGUUUUAACUAUUCUGAUAAAAUUAAACUCUGUGGAUGCUGCAUGUCCUGGCGUUGUCACUAAGAAAGAGUGGGAUGGCCUGAGUCCUUUGCACGUGAAAUACUUGCCCCGACCAAUCAGCUUGGUUAUAAUCCAGCACACCGUCACUCCAGCGUGUAGCACCGAUGCGGCUUGUGAGAAUAUCGUGCGAAGUAUACAAAAUGUGAAUAUGGAGCAAAAUAAUUAUUGGGAUAUAGGAAUUUCUUUCCUAAUCGGUGGUAAUGGUAAAGUCUACGAAGGUAACGGAUGGUUGCACGUCGGGGCCCACACCUAUGGGUAUAACAGCAAAUCCAUCGGCAUAUCGUUCAUUGGAAAUUAUAAUAAUGAUGAGCCGAAGCCCGAAGCGCUGGCGGCAGCGAAGGCAUUGAUCAAAUGCGGGGUGGAGCAAGGUCAUUUGACACCAGAUUAUCAUCUCGUGGCGCACAAGCAAUUGAUCGCGACGGAGAGCCCAGGCAGAAAACUUUAUAGGGAAAUAAGAACGUGGCAACAUUUCUUAGCCGAUGUUUCAUCUAUCAAGAAUUCUUAAAUACAAAUAUAAUAAUAUAAUAUAAUAAUAAUAACUCAAUUUAUUUUUAUUAUCAAAAAUAAUAUAAAAAUGAGAUAUUUCAUAUAUA